CCCCCCGCCGCGCGAGUGCGGGUCACCGGGUCACUGGGUCAUUGUCUCGGCGCCCGCACCCCGAACACCCGCGGAAUCCCCCCCACGUCAUCCUCAGCACCAUCAAUGAGAUGCAAACAUGAAAGACAAGAGGAAGAAGAAGGACCGCACCUGGGCCGAGGCUGCCCGCCUGGCACUAGAAAAACACCCCAACUCCCCAAUGACAGCAAAGCAGAUUCUGGAGGUCAUUCAGAAAGAAGGCUUAAAAGAGACAAGACCCCGGCAUGGCUUGGAGACAGCGUUGGUGUGUAUGAAGGCUCUUCCUCGAAUGAAGGAUUUGGGACACCUUUCCAUGAUGAUUGUAUUAGAGCCUCAGCUGCUUUCGUGGUGGUCAUGAGGUGAUGCUGACCCGAAUGCUUGAACUAGCAGGAGUGGCUGGGAUUGCAUUGGAGUGGU